CGAACGUGCGUUAUUGGCGCCUAGACCGACGAGCGCCACUUUUAAGAAGUAGGCACCAGCACCAUCUCGAUCUCCUAUGAAACCAGCCUUCAAAACGACCAAUCCACUAAAGGAUUUUCAUUCUCUAAGAGUUUCUCAACCUCCAAGAACAGCAUCUCCUCGUCUCCAAAAUGUUCAAAGUUUCGUUGAUGCCCAGAUCGUCAAAACGGGUUUUGAUCCCAUCACAUGCCGCUUCAAUUUCCUGCUCAAGAAUUUACUUCGAAGGGGUGAAGUAUAUAAAGCCCGUAAACUGUUCGAUCAAACGCCUCACAAGAACACAGUCUCUACGAAUAUGAUGAUAGCUGGCUACGUGAAGUCGGGCAACCUUGGAUAUGCUAAGCAGUUGUUUGAUGGCAUGCUUGAACGAAAUCCGGUGACAUGGACGAUCAUGAUUGGAGGAUUUUCACAGAGUGGUCAGUUUCGAGAAGCGUUUAAGCUUUUUCGAGAUUCUUGGAGGUGCGACAGGGAGCUGGAUUCUGUGACAUUUACUACUCUUUUGUCAGGAUGCAAUGAGCCUGAGUUGGCCAAGGAGUUACUUCAAGUUCAUGCUUGUGUCGUUAAACUGGGAUUUGACUCAAACCUUAUCGUUUGCAAUGGUUUGGUUAAUUCUUAUUGCAAAAUUCAGCUACUUGAUUUAGCUAGCCGGGUCUUUGCGGAAAUGGAUGAAAGGGAUACUGUAACUUUUAAUACCUUGAUGACAGGGCUUGCCAAUGAUGGAUUAUAUGAAGAUACAAUAAGAUUUCUCCUAGAAAUGCGACAUUUGGAUCUCAAGCCUUCAGAUUUCACUUUUUCAGCGGCUUUAAGUGCUGCCAUUGGAUUAGGUAACUUGGCUCUGGGGCAGCAAAUUCAUGUUUUAGCCAUGAAGACUAGUUUUGUCCUUAAUGUGUUCGUGGGAAAUGCAUUGCUGGAUUUUUAUUCAAAGAAUAAUUGCACGAUUGAAGCUAGAAAACUAUUUGAUGAGAUGCCAGAGGUGGAUGGUGUUUCUUACAAUGUAAUGAUCACGACCUAUCAUUGGGAGGGGCAGCUUCUAGAGGCACUUAAGCUUUUCCGCGAAUUAGUGUUAACAAAUUUUGAUCGGAGGCAAUUCCCUUUUCCAACUAUGUUGAGCAUGGCAGCAAAUACAAUAAACCUGCAAAUUGGUCAACAAAUCCAUGCACAGGUCAUUCUUACGACAGCCAUUUUGGAUAUUCAUGUUGAGAAUUCAUUGGUUGAUAUGUAUGCCAAGUGUGGUAGAUUUAAGGAAGCCAAAAUGAUAUUCACUGAUUUGGCCUGCAGAAGCACAGUUCCGUGGACAGCAAUGAUUUCAGGUUACGUUCAGAACGGAUUUUAUGAGGAAGGUGUGAAAAUGUAUGUCGAUAUGCGUAUAACCGAUGUGGCUGCAGACCCGGCUACUUAUGCAACAAUCCUGAAAGCUUCUGCAAAUUUGGCUUCACUCUCAUUGGGGAGACAGUUACAUUCUUCUGUAGUCAGAUCAGGAUUCAUGUCAUAUGUACACUCUGGAAGUGCACUUCUGGAUGUGUAUGCCAAAUGUGGUUCCAUGAAAGAUGCAAUUCAGACUUUUGAAGAGAUGCCAGUGAGGAAUAUAGUCUCAUGGAAUGCCCUCAUCUCAGCCUAUGCUCAAAACGGAGAUGGCAAAGCUACCAUUAAAACCUUUGAAGAAAUGAUCCAGUCAGGUUUUCACCCUAAUUCAGCUAGCUUUGUUAGUAUAUUUGUUGCUUGCAGCCAUUGUGGGCUGGUUCAAGAAGGACUGGAAUAUUUCAAGUCCAUGACCCGAAUCUAUGGUCUUGUUCCUAAGAGGGAACACUAUGCUUCUAUGGUUGAUGCUUUAGGACGGAGUGGUCGAUUUGAUGAAGCAGAACAGUUGAUGGCUGAAAUGCCAUUUGAUCCAGACGAGAUUAUGUGGCAGUCAGUUUUGAGCUCAUGUAGAAUUCACAAGAAUCAUGAAUUGGCCAAGAAAGCAGCGGACCAACUGUUCAACAUGAAAGAGCUUGGAGAUGCUGCCCCUUAUCUUACCAUGUCUAAUAUGUAUGCCUCAGUAGGUGAGUGGGAGAAUGUUUCCAAGGUGAAGAAGGCAAUGAGGGAACGUAGAGUGAAGAAGAUUUCAGCUUAUAGCUGGGUUGAAAUUAAACACAAAAUCCAUGUAUUUGCAGCAAAUGAUAAGGACCAUACUCAGAUGGAUAAGAUCCUUCAAAAGAUCGAUUCUUUGACUGAGCUGAUGGAGAAGGAAGGCUACAAGCCUGAUAGCAACUGUUCCCUUCACAAUGUAGCAGAGGAAAUUAAAAUUGAGUCUCUCAAGUAUCACAGCGAACGCUUAGCAAUUGCGUUCGCUCUGAUCAGCACGCCGGAAGGGUCGCCAAUACUGGUAAUGAAAAACUUGCGAGCUUGUACCGACUGCCAUGCUGCAAUCAAGGUGAUAUCGAAAAUCGUCCAAAGGGAAAUCACAGUCAGGGAUUCCAACAGGUUCCAUCAUUUCAAAGAUGGUUUCUGCUCGUGUAAGGAUUACUGGUGAGUUCAAAGUUCAAACUCAACAAGAUCAGAAUU